GUUCGCCGGUUUAUUGAAUCGCCUUAAAGGUUCAUGUCCUUCUCCUCUUGAAGGGGCUUCCAUGAUUUGGGCAGCGUAUAGCUUGGGAAGGUUCUCUGUUCGAUCGUUUUAAGUCUGAUUAUCAAGCCGCGUCAGCUCUCUGGUCCAUUUCAUCCAUUCCACCACCGGUACUUUGAAGCUUCCCCUCGUGUGGCGGCUUUUGUUUGGUUGUUGGGCUGUAAGAGGGUUCCGACAGCCGACAACCUUCAAAGGAGGUCUCUAGUUCUUCCCAAAAUCUGCCUUACGUUCAUGGGGAAUGCGGAGUUGAUCGAUUACCAUUUUGUUCAUUGUCCCUUUGCUUGUAGAGCAUGGGAGCAUUUUUUGUGUUUGCUCAAUAUUGCCUAGGUGAUGCCGAAGUCAAUGGAAGGUCUUCUUUGGGCUUGGCAUGAGGGAGGAGUAGGAAAAAUUGAAAAGGAUAAGUGGAGGCUCGUUAUCAUGGUAGUGUGUUGGUCUAUUUGGGGAGCUUGGAAUCGGCAUUGCUUUCGUAAUGAGAAUGUCGAUGUGGGUGAGGUCAUUAGGAAAAUCAAUAGUUUAGUUAAGGGGUGGGCAGUGUACGAUAGGUCAUGUGGCACAUGGGAAGUCAACCGUUGUCAAAGCAAUAUCUGGUGUUCAGACUGUUCGUUUCAAGAGUGAGCUGGAGCGUAAUAUUACCAUCAAGCUGGGUUAUGCUAAUGCAAAAAUAUAUAAAUGUGAAGAUGAAAGAUGCCCUCGUCCAAUGAGCUACAAGGCCUAUGGAAGUCAAAAAGAAGACAGUCCUCUAUGUGAUGUUCCAGGAUUUGAGAAUUCCAGAAUGAAACUCUUGAGGCAUGUUUCCUUUGUCGAUUGCCCGGGUCAUGAUAUUCUUAUGGCUACUAUGCUCAAUGGAGCUGCAAUCAUGGAUGGAGCAUUGCUUUUGAUAGCUAGCAAUGAAAGUUGCCCCCAACCACAAACCUCUGAGCAUCUAGCUGCUGUUGAAAUUAUGCGGCUGCAACACCUUAUUAUCUUACAAAAUAAAAUCGAUCUUAUACAAGAAAGCGUAGCCAUAAACCAGCAUGAAGCAAUCCAAAAGUUUAUUCAGGGUACAGUUGCUGAUGGGGCACCGGUUGUGCCGAUUUCUGCACAAUUGAAAUACAACAUCGAUGUUGUCUGUGAGUAUCUCGUUAAAAAAAUCCCCAUCCCAGAGAGGAACUUCGUGUCACCUCCAAAUAUGAUAGUAAUCCGGUCAUUUGAUGUCAAUAAGCCUGGCUUCGAGGUAGAUGACAUAAAGGGUGGUGUUGCCGGUGGAAGCAUCCUCAGGGGAGUCUUGAAGGUAAAUCAAUUCAUUGAAGUCCGUCCAGGUAUUGUUGUAAAAGAUGAGAGCGGCAACAUCAAGUGCACCCCAAUCUAUUCAAGAAUCGUCUCACUAUUUGCUGAGCAGAAUGAGCUGCAGUUUGCUGUUCCUGGCGGCCUCAUUGGAGUUGGUACCACGAUGGAUCCCACGUUGACUCGUGCUGAUAGGCUGGUGGGUCAGGUCCUCGGGGAGGUCGGAUCACUCCCCGAUGUCUUUGUUGAGCUUGAGGUGAACUUCUUCCUGCUCCGACGGCUUCUUGGAGUCAGGACAAAGGGGACAGAGAAGCAAGGAAAGGUCUCGAAGCUGACAAAGGGUGAGAUCCUGAUGUUGAACAUUGGGUCCAUGUCGACUGGGGCCCGAGUGCUUGCGGUGAAGAAUGAUCUUGCCAAGCUGCAACUUACCUCGCCCGUGUGCACCAGCAAAGGCGAGAAGGUGGCCCUCAGCCGGCGGGUUGAGAAGCACUGGCGGCUCAUUGGGUGGGGCCAGAUUCAAGCCGGAAGCACACUCAACGUACCACCCUGCACCAUCUGAGUAAUCACACAUACACACAGGUAAAAAACUCGAGACUCAGUUCACAAAAACACUUGCUUAGAAGAGAGAAACAUAAGUAAAAUGUGGGAGGGGAGAUCGCUCUUGGGAACAGUUUUUGUGAGGUGGAGAAGAAAACAUCGAAGAAAUGCUUAUUUUCAUUAUUUUACUUCUUUUUGCUGUUUCAGUUUUA